CAUUUUGUGGCCGAGCAUUGCCCGCCAAGGACCGGCGCCGCGGCGGAGCUUUCCGCCUCUCCCCCGCCCUCUCGCGCUUCCAGUCCAGCGGCGCCUCGGCCCGGCCCGGCCCGCGCAGCCAUGUCCUCCGGCGCCAGCCCUGAGUACGCCUCCUUCUUCGCCGUGAUGGGCGCUUCGGCCGCCAUGGUGUUUAGCGCCUUGGGAGCUGCAUAUGGAACUGCAAAGAGUGGCACAGGUAUUGCAGCCAUGUCUGUCAUGAGGCCUGAGCUGAUCAUGAAGUCCAUCAUCCCUGUGGUCAUGGCUGGUAUUAUAGCAAUCUAUGGCCUCGUAGUGGCAGUGCUCAUUGCCAAUGCCCUCUCACCUGACAUCACACUAUUCAAGAGCUUCCUUCAGCUGGGUGCUGGCUUGAGCGUGGGUCUCAGCGGUCUGGCUGCUGGCUUUGCCAUCGGCAUUGUGGGCGAUGCAGGUGUCCGGGGCACAGCACAGCAGCCCAGGUUAUUUGUGGGGAUGAUCCUCAUUUUGAUCUUCGCUGAAGUCUUGGGUCUCUACGGCCUCAUUGUUGCCCUUAUCCUCUCCACGAAGUAAAUGUUGCGGUAUGAUGUAAAGAGAUGUAACAAAUCUACGUUUAACAAAAAAAAAGCUCCAGAAUGAAAAUGGUUUCUCCAAUGUGUACAGUUGUCCCGAUUUGGUAGUUGAUCUCUUGUAAAUGCGCAAUAUCUGUUAGUGACUCGUCUGUCCUGUGUGUACUUCAAUAUUAACUUGGAUGGGCUGCUCCAAGCCUGCUGCAUGGCUUGGAGUGGCCUGUGUGCAAUUUUCCACCCAUUGCUGUUAGUAUUUUAUGUAUAAAUAUGAACUAGAAAUGUAAUUUUUUCUCUUCACUGGAUGUUUAUUUAUAAAAGACUUGACAUUCAUACAUCUAUGGAGCAAGGAUUUUCAAUUUCCCAUGCUAUAUAUAUUAAUCUUAUAUAUAGGUAGAUUACACUGUGGGGUCAAUUGUAAGUGCAGAGAAUUCCUUGGAUGUAAUUUUGAUUCUAAAGAUUGCUGUAGUGUCCUGGUAUUGGAGUAUGAGAAUUUUGUGUUUUAUUACAGCAAUUGUCCGAAACACUCCUGUGUUUCAAUAGUAACUGCGUAUGCUCCGGCAUCAGUUGUGCACCCAGUGUUGGGUUACAAACUUCUACCAUGUUUCCAAAUAAAACUUCCUCACUACAUUGCU